UAAACCUUGUCAUUAACAACACAACACACAUUUUGAUUUCAAAUCUCUGUUCAUUCCACUUCACGAGGUUGCACGCCAACCACCUCUUUAUCACUCACUCUCCAGGCUCCACAUAACACACUGUCACUGUCACACACCCCUUUCCUUUGCAUGGCAUCAAGAAGACCCAAGUGGCGCCACCACCCUCCUCCUCCUCCCACCCCCAGGAUCCUCCACUUCCCUCGCCGGAGACCCUCUUUCCGGAGAGACCCCAAGACCAAUAAUAACAAUGUUAAUAGGCUGGGGACUCUGAUUGACCGAGAAAGACGCGCACGUGUUCCGAUAGUGCUGUUGAACAACGGUGGCGAGGGUGAGGGGAGGAGGGAGAGAGUUGAAAGCAUGAGCGAGACUGACCAUGGCUGGGCCUUCGAGGAAGAGAAGUGGAAGUUUCAAGCCGAAAUGUUGAGAGCUGAAUGUAACUUGUUGAGAAUGGAGAAGGAGAUUGCCGUUAAGAAGUUGCAGAGGACUCGCGUUAAGAUGGAGAAGACUCUAAGAUCUGCACUUCACACUCUUGUUUCUGGAAGAAUCAAGAUUUGUGAAGGAAAGAAAGUGGAUAUGGUUUUGGAUGAAGAGAUUCAUGAGUUGACUGAGAAGCUUCAGAGAUUGUAUAAGAGGUCGAAAGUUAAAGAUUCAGGGGCAAAGAAUAACAGAAAUUUUGACAAGCAAGUUUCUGUUCUGCAGAGGCGACUGGAGAAGAUUGGAGGAUCAUCGGAUGAGAUAUAUUUGAAGGAGUUUCAAGAGAUGGAAAACAUAAGUUUGUCAAUUAAAAGGAGUGGCAGAAUUGAAGAUAACGUUGUGGCAAGUGGAAAACUAAAUGUGGAGAUUCUGAGGAGGAAAAUGGAGGGAUUGUCAAAGGGGAUAUUAUUACAGAGAAUGGAGGAAGAGUAUAAUUCUCUGCUGUCCACUGCUAGUAGUUCUCUUACCAGUUCUGGUUCAAAUGCUAAGAGAGUCGAGUUUCAAGAUCCAUCUUCCGUACGAGUACCUCAUCAGGAAAAAUUGUCUUGUGAAGGGAAUGCUUGUUCGGGACAUUGCAAGACAGUUGUACGAAGAAUUGUAGAGCAAGUUAGAGCAGAGACUGAGCAGUGGUCCCAAAUGCAGGAGAUGCUAGGUAAGGUCAGGGAAGAGAUGGAGGAAUUGCAGGCUUCUCGAGAUUUUUGGGAAGAUCGUGCCCGCCAUUCUGAUUUUCAAAUUCAAUCCCUGCACAAUACAGUGCAUGAAUGGAAAGAAAAAGCUCUUUCAUCUGAAAGUAAAACAAACGAACUUGAAGCAGAACUCUCCAUACUCCGAGGUGAUCUUGAAAAAUUGAAGAAGGAACAGAAUGCAGUUAAGGGGACCAAAUGUUCAGCCGUUCCAAUAGACACACACAAUGAGUUGGAGAAGCGAAUAGUGGUUUGUUGCUCAAAGGAAAACAAUAACAUCACAGAAAAUAGCAAGAAGCAUGAUGAUGUUUUAAAGAACGGGGAAAGAAAAGCACAUGGGGGUAGAGGUGGAUUCUUAGCCCCAAAACGAUCACCACUUGGAGAAAUUGGGAAUGGCAAAGCAGUUUUCCCUUUGCGGUGCCAUCUUUCUUCUGAGAAAAUUCACUAACUCAUCAUCAUCACUUGAAUGUAGUGGGCCGAUUGGUUCAAACAUUAAAUUACAUAUCCUAACAUCAAAUGAACCAAUCAUGGGGUUUCAUGUUUUAAGCUUUGAAGUUUGAGAUCUUUCAUGUAAUAUGUACUAUAUGCCAAGAGAGAAUAAGCCCAGCAUUUUCAACGU